AAAACAAACUGCCCAACACAGAGAAAAGAUCACAUUCAGCACUAGGAGCAAAAUAUUGAUCGAUUUUUCUGCAAUUUACAUUACUAGAAGCAACGCAGAGGAGUUCUGCAAUGGAGUCAGAAACAACAAACGAGGUAAAAAGGAAACUCCCAGCCUACUACUACCUGCAACCUUCCAAGAAUGGUGACGAGGAAGCGGAGGAGGAAUUGUACGAUUCCAACGGGACGCACAUUACGUCCGACUACUUGAACGAUGCUGUCGCCGAAUCCAUGUCCGACAAGUACACCAUCGUGCAGCAGGACACUUCCGGCACGCCACAGUACAGGUGCAAUGUGUGUGCUAAAAUUCUUCCCAACACUGGCCACUUAGUCGCGCACAUUGUAGUGCACACGGGUGAAAAUCCGUAUUUGUGUAGCCUUUGCCAACGUUCGUUUGCAAACUCAACUCGGCUUAAGCUGCAUCUGAAAACGCACUGCAUAAAGAAGUUGCACCCAGGACUGACGGUGACAAGAAUUACGAAAAACGUCCCAGUGUCAAGCUCCGUACCGAGCACCAGCAUGGUGGAAAAUGUUGAUCAAAGCUCGCCUAUCGUAAAACCAGCCACAUUUCGUUGCAUCGAGUGUGAGCAGACGCUGCCCAAGGACACGCUCUACCGCCACAUGAAGCAGCACCUGCAAGAGAAGAAUAUUUUCGCACAAAAACCACACGCAUGUAAUCAUUGUGGGGAGACUUUUGCUAAAGUUUCAACUUUACAGCUACACCAGGAAUCGUGCCCAGCGUCAUCUAUAAAGGUGACGUCGGAGGUGGAUCUGGUGCCGAUUAGCAAGCAAGAAUCGUGUCCUAGCUUUAAAAAACAAAUUGAAUCCAAUCCCAUCCUUUCGGGAUUGUUGAUGAAAGAAUCACCAGAACCUCCACUGUCUGUUACCACGAUCGAAGUAGAUCAGAAUGAUGAUACACCAGACAAUGUUGUACAGAAAUGUCUAAAAGAGGAAUUGCAAGACCAUGACGAAGGGGAUAUGGAUACGAAGCAACCACCUAAUGAGGAUGAUCCAUCGGAAGUAUCUGAAAAUAUGAUUAACAAUACUUCUGCAGAGGUUGGAUUCGUUAUCAGUUCCGUAGCUACCGUAGAUCAGCAAUUUCUCGAAAAUCUCGCACAAAUGGAACUGCAGGCACGAACACCAGAGCUGGAAGAAAUGCCCACGGACGAUUCAAACACGCUUGCUUCACCAGCCGCAACACAUCCUGGUUACAAUUCGGUCAAUUCGACAACCUGCGGUAUGUGCGGUAAAUCGUUUAGCGAAAAAUUUGGCCUCCGGCAGCAUAUGCGCAUCAUGCACUCUGACACGAAACCGUUCAAAUGUCCCGAAUGUAGGAAACGGUUCGCCAAAGAAAAUUCACUCUUGAUCCAUUUGCGCGUACACAUAAGCAAUCGACCCUUUAUGUGUAUCGUGUGCUAUAAAACGUUCACCCGCGCAACGGCACUGAAUGGCCAUCUGUCCUCCCAUUCGCACGAAGCUCUGAAGUGUUUCUCCUGCGAACAGACACUACCGAAUGUGCAGAAAUACGCGCACCACAUCGAGAUAUCCCAUCCUCAAUUCCCGGAAGUAUUGUACCGGAUACGGGCGGAGAAACCGGAACACGAACGGACGAAAUUGUUGCGGCAGCUAUUGCUUCAGCAUCGUCCCGCUGCAUCGACACACAAAACUUGACCACAAACGAUCAAGUGAGCAUGGCGUUAAUUACAAGUGCUGGGAAGGAUAAAGAUCAAGAACGAAACUGAUUGAAAAUACAUAAUUCAUUUAAGACCCACAGAAGAUCGGGUUGGAUCGUGCCGCGGUUCGGAUUUCAAUAAAAUAUGUCGCAAACCUCAAUGCACACUAGACCCAUAUUCGUUUUAAAAUCAGAUCGUAAGAGUCCAGUAUUUUGCCACAGUUGAUCACUCGUUUGUUGUACUUCAGAAGGAAGUUGAUCCUCAUUCAAAAUUAUGAUAAAUAUCUUAUCAAAAGCAAACGUUUUUUUUGCGCUGCGAGUUUUGUCGUAGAUUGAAAUGAUUAGAGCUUUUUUCAGUUUACAUCUUCAUUUAUUUUAUACUUAACAUAGAGUUCUAACGUUUAACCAAAAAAAAAAAUACAAGACGGGAUACGUUGAAAGCGUGACGGG